GUCUUUAACAUCCGUACAUCUUUUACAAAGAUGCGUGGCCGCAAGAAGAGACGUGCAGAUGAGGUCGGCAAGAAGUCUAGGGCUGGGAGGAGGAGGGACGAGUGCGCGGAGCGCGAGAAGGAACCCAAGAUGCUGCCGCACGGAAAGGAAGAAGAUUCGGAUUUAUUGGACUACAUGACGUCGUCAGAAGACGAGGUGGAUAUUCCAGACGAGGGGAUUGAUUUGAGUGAUUUGGUUGACAUUUCCAUGAAGAAGGAGUCGGGCCUGAAGGGUGAUUCGCGCGAGUUGGAGCCGGGUGAGCAGCAUGGAGAGAUGCUAAAGAGGAUCCGAGAGGGUCUGGGAUUGCGUGGCGAAGUGAAAGAGGAGGCAAAUCGGACUCACUUGGUGACCGAGAUGGAGCCGGAAAAUCCUUGGAGGGUCAGGAUGCCGGGGCUGAGCAUGAGGGAUAUUUUGGAAGAUGCGCAGAUCAACUUGGAUACAAAGAAGAGACUAGAAAAAUUGGAUAGGUCUAAUCGCUCGCUGGCGCCGGGCUUAUCUAGGCAGGCGAGUCGUCGUUUGGAACGCGCUGAGCAGUAUCAGUAUUCAAAAGCCCGCAUUAGUAAGUGGUUGUCGACGGUACAAUCGAUGAGAAGGGCGGACCACUUGUCGUUUCCGCUCGAGAGUGAUCUACCCAAACAGAAGCGUGUCACGUGCUCGACGCUGGCGACUGACUUCGCGCCGUCUACUGAGUUGGAAAAGGCCAUUCAAAACAUUUUGGAGCUGAGUGGGAUUGACGAGGGUCGGCUGAAAAAAGAGGAGGAGCUGGCUACUCGGAAGCUGGAUCCCGAAGAGCUGAGACUUCGCCAAGCAAGAUUGAUCAAGAUGAGGUCGUUGCUGUAUUAUCAGGAGCAGAAGAGCAGACGGAUGAAUAAGAUCAAGAGCAAAAAGUAUCGCCGAAUUCUCCGAAAGGAGAAGGAAAAGAAAAAGCCAACGUUGGCAGAAUUGGCGGAACUUGAUCCUGAGGCAUACGCUGACGAGCUACUAAGGCUAGAGAAGCUACGCGUGAGAGAAAGGAUCACGUUGAAGCACGGAAAUAGAACCUCUUGGGCAAAGUACGCGCUGAGAAGCAAAGACCCCAACUUGAGGCAGUCUGUUCAAGACCAUUUGAGACAUGGCCGAGAGCUGUUAAAGAAGAUGGGUUCAGAUGACGAGGAGAGCGACGAGGAUGGCGAAGAGGACGUCGAUGAAGCGGAGGAAAACGAAAAGGUCGAAUCGGGUGGGGACAUAUUGGACAUCAAUGGCGAGGUGAUUCGCGAAGAAAAGAAAGUGUGCUCUGACACAGAGGAAGAAGGGGUGUUCAGGAUGGAGUUUAUGAAACGGGCGGCGAAGAAAAGAAAGGAGUCAUACGAUGAAAUGGUGUCCGAAAUGAGAGAGGAGGACCAGAAAAGGUAUGAGAAGAUGAUAUCGCAGAUGCAAAACACGAGGCGGUGCGAAGGCGUCAUAGGUAGCGACAGUGAUGACGGGUUGGAGGAAAACGACCAGGAAAGAGAAGAUGUUGGCAAAGCGACGGCAGAUAGCGAGAAGGCGACAACACCGUCUAAUAGAAUGAGGUUUUGCCCAUCUUCGAAAGACUUGAAACUGCCUUUAGUAGAAGCAGAUGACAGCGUUAAGUUGUCAGGCAGAACUAUGACAAUUGAAAAUUCUGGAUUCGAGUCGAGACUAGGCGAAGACUCGUCUACCAGCGUAAAGUUUGGCGCGGUCCCGGUUGAAGGAGCGGACAACAAAGACGCGAACGACGUCGAAGGUUGCUCGGAAACAAGGCCAGACGACCCCGAAGAAAAAAAUUUGAAAAAAAGAUAUUUUGAAUUUGGAAGCAAAAAAACGCACAAGAAAUCUGAUUCGCCUCCUGCUGUAGAGCGUACGUCCGUUGUCGACGAGGCGAAUCCGUGGCUGGCGAAUCAAUGCGAAGACGAGGAAGAUGAGGUGAAGAGAGAGAAGACCGGCUCGGGAGAGGCCGAAGGGUCGUUAGAUAUUAAAAAGAUUGAAGAAGGGCUAGACAAGAGAGGUCACCACGGAUUCAAGUUGCUAGACGCGUCGAAUCACGAUUCUACUCAGUUAGAGCUCGUGAAUCAGGCAUUUGCGGCCGACCAUGCUGUUUUGAGCGAGUUUGAGAAGGAGAAACUUGAGCAGGUUGAAAAAGAGAACGAUGUAGAGAAAGAAUAUGCGAUGCUAACGUUACCUGGGUGGGGCGAGUGGGCCGGAUCUGGGGUUCAGCCUUCGAAGCGAAGGAAGAAGCUGUUGGAAGAAAUGGAAAAGAAGAAGGCUGAACGCAGUAAGGAGCUGUUAGAGGCUCGGUCGGACAGUAAACUUCCACAUGUCAUUAUAAAUCAAAAAAAGUUUUCGAGAAUUGCCAAAUAUCAAGCGGUGCAGGUUCCGCACGAAUACGCCGGAAACGCCGAGCUAUACAACGCCUCUCUCCGACAGCCUUUGGGCAAAGAGUGGAACACCUUCACGAGUCAUGCCGCGUUGAUCAGGCCCAGAGUUCUUGUCCAGUCGGGCCAAAUCAUACGUCCAAUUUCUUUGAAGCAGACCAACUUGCUUCGAAAGUGAAAAAAAAAUUUUUUUUGGUAUGCGGUGAAAGCAGCGUCAACGUCAGCGAAGACGCUAUUAUAUUUCGCUUGGCUCAAUAUCAAAGCUCUUUAUUUGUGAGGAGGCAAAGACGCGUCCGAGGAUGCCGUCUAUUAGAAAAAGAGAGCCAGCCACCGAGUCGAUGUUCUGUACAAGUUUUUUACAUGUAAAAAUUGCGUUUCGAUGCUUGCGCGCCUU